UCGAUUAUCUUAUCAAACAAGUUUGAACACCCCAAAGCUCGGCUCGACUCGGCUCGGCUCGGCUCGGCUCGGCUCGUUUACAGCCCUAACUAGUCUUGUGUUUUCAGCAGACAAUCCGUAAACGUCGCUUUCGCUGACCAUGUUUUGCUUGCACAUGCAAAAAUAAUAAUAAUAAAAUCUUUUUCACGAGAACUCGGCGUUAUGCUUUCGUUUUAAAAUAGGAGACGGCAUUAUAUUACUCCUGUUUUUCCUACCCAUAUUAAAGUUUUUUCAGUAAACAUGACUCUUUUGCUUGUUCCAUCCAUCAAUCACAUCAUAUAUUUACGCCCCAAUUUCGAAGACAACAUUAACGAUGCUUUAGUUAGUUUUCAUUGAUUAAUUAGAAGAAUACUUAGCUUGCAGUUGAAGGAUCGAUGCUUACGACCAUAUCACGGCACUGACGUCCAUAUAUAGCAUGUACACUUCCUCUGCUCUGCUCUGCUCUGUAUAAGGAAUGCCCCAACUCAACCAAUUCAACGUAUCAAUCAGCUGCCUCCAACAAUCUGACAAGCAUUACGUUAAUCAUGUCUCCUUCUCUUGUCGCAGCAUCAUACAUCCCUUUUCACCUAAAGCUCUGUGAUCUCCGGCGAUCCACCACCACCGAGCGGCCAUGCUUUCCACUCAUCCAUUGCACGGCCAGCAGGCAAUCGCCGGCGUUGGGAAAAUCGACCCAUUACCGGCCCAACUCGUGGUGCAACGACUACAUACAGUCACUCACCGUUAACUCUCCUGUAGAGGAGAAGGAUCAGACAAGGAGAAUAGUGUUGCUGAAAGAGAGAAUUAGAAAAGUAAUAUGUGAGAAGAAGGAAGUGGAAGAGCAGCUCCGGCUGAUCGACCACCUGCAACAACUUGGAGUGGCUUACCAUUUCAAAGACGACAUUAAAGAUGCUUUAGCUAGCAUUCAUGCAUCACUAGAAGACAUAAUUAGCUUGCAGCAGAAGGAUACUGACGUCCAUGUCACUGCACUUCUCUUCAGGCUUUUUAGAGAAAACGGCUUCUCGAUCACAGACGAUAUCUUCAAGAGUUUCAGGAAUGGGAACGGCCAGUUCUUCGAAUUUUCCGUCGAAGGAAUGCUGAGUUUACAUGAGACAGCUUUUUACGGAACAGAGAAGGAAGUGAUACUGCAGGAGGCCAUGGAUUUCACCACCCGGAAAUUGAGAGAUCUCCUGGACCAAGGAUCCAUUACUGAACCUGGCCUAAAGCAGAAAGUGUCCCACGCGUUGGAGCUCCCAUUGAACUGGAGGUUGGAAAGACUACACGCCAGGUGGUUCAUACAACUCUGCAGCCAAAGCAACAAAGACGAAUGCAGUAUGAUUAAUCCUGUACUUUUAGAAUUCGCAAAGUUGGAUUUCAACAGGGUUCAGGAUACGCACAAGAAAGAACUCAGCAAACUUUCGAGAUGGUGGUCAGAUCUUGGACUCGCACAGCGUCUGCCAUUCUUCAGAGACAGGUUGAUGGCCAACUACUUGUGGACCGUUGGGUGCGCCUUUGAACCAGAGUAUUGGAGUUUUCGAGAGAUAGAGACCCAAGCCAAUUGCUUCAUCGCACUGCUGGAUGAUGUUUACGACGUCCACGGCAACUUGGAAGAGCUUGAGAUAUUCACAGAUGCAAUAGAAAGGUGGGAUGUCAAUGCGGUUGACAAACUCCCAGAUUACCUGAGGCUCUGUUUUCUGGCCGUCUUCAACACAGCAAACGAAGCUGCCUAUCGAGUACUCAAAGAAAAAGGGUUUAACGUACUGCCAUAUCUAAGGAGAGCUUGGAGUGAUCUCUGCAAAGCCUUUUUGUUGGAAGCUAAAUGGUCUCACGAGAAGUACACCCCCACAGUCGGAGAGUAUUUGGAAAAUGGAUGGAUCUCGGGAUCAGGGCAUAUCUUCCUCACUAAUGCCUACUGCAUGAGCCCAUACUUAACCAAAACAGACCUAGAAAAUUUCAGAACUUACACACGAUUUCUACAAUGGUCCUCCAUGAACUUUCGCCUCUGCAAUGAUCUCGUUGAAAUGGGAAGAAGCGAUGGGCCCUCGGUCAUCCACUGUCUGAUGCAGGAGAAAGAUGUUUUAGAGGCGGAGGCUCGGGAGAUGAUCAAGGAGAUGAUCAUGGCAAAUUGGAGAGCCAUGAACGGGGAUCGAGUGAAUUAUACAAAUAUGUUCGAGGAAAACUUCAAGAUUUGCGCGAUCAACCUUAAUCGAACGGCGCAGUUUUUCUACCGGGGUACAGAUAGAUACAGUGAGUACGAUUCAGAAAUCAAAGAUUCAGUGGUCUCAUUGUUAGUCGAACCGAUCUAUAUACGUACACUAUAUAGAUUUACAUAAGCUUAACGUUGGAAAUAAUAUGAAUGGAAAAGUUGUGGA